AACACGCAAAUUCUCUCAAUCCCAGGUUUCUUACUUUUUCCUAUUCACAAUUGUGUCAACUCUUUACAGAUACAGUAUAUGGCAGACUGAAGAGGUUGCGAAAGAUAACGCGUGUACGAGGAUAAAGGAGAUUCCGACCGGGAUAACUUUUUCCAAAGAUAGGUGCGCCCAUGUCAGUCUGUGAUUUAUAGCCCAAAUAUGAGGUACGUUUAUAGCCAGCGGUCUUUGAUGGUCCUGUCUUCAUUAGGGAUCCUAUCUGGGAUUAUGUCUCUGCUAUCAGUCGUUCUGAUUUUCCAGAUACAAUCACAACAGAUUGCUGUGAAGGAAUCACCCCCCAACAUCUCCAUCGUGCCAACUAAUGUUUGGGCAGUGCUGAUGCCAGUGUCUACAGUGCUCUCUGCUCUCUCCCUCACGCUCAAUUUGAGCUCUGUCGUGGUCUGCCUUCUGCACAGCUACUUUACAACCGAGAUAUGCAGAGGAGAAGAUACAGAAAGAGCAGACUGGUUCCUAUUCCAUAGCCAACAUGUCCGACAUGUGGCCAUUGGAUUAUUUUGCCUUGGGGUUUCAGUAUACUUAGCAGCUAUGUCCAUCUACAUGCUGCUGGUGUUUGAGGUAGAGACAGGCAUCGCCAGCGCAUGCGUACUGGCCUCAGGAAUCCUGAUUCUGCUGGUGAUCGUGAUUCACUCACUGGUCAAAGCUGCCCGCACCGCCCAACACUACCAUGGUGGGGAGCACACUGACAGAGUGUACCAGAACCAGCACGGAGGGUGCACCCCUGCCGCCCGCCACGGCGAGCUCCAAGACGGGGACAAACCCAGGAGGCACCGCAACAACUCCCAUCUCCACCGACAGUUGUCCUACCCUCCCUGUACUGACCCAAAGCAGCAUCACCAGCAUCAUUCCCCAUCCCAUGGCCCACAGAGUCACGGCAGUGACAAGGACGGCUACAAUAGUGGUGGGAGUGGGGGUGGCUUGAGAAUGCACAGGACCCUGUCGACAGAGUCAGGGCCGCUGCAGUCUCCGUCUAAACCAUGGAAUGGCAUUAACAAUGAGAUGAGAAGCGUGCUGGCCCGCAAGUCAGGGGCCUCCAGUAAAGACUCUACUCUAGUGUGAGAUGCACUGCACAAGUCAUCGCAGUUAGCACAAGACUAGUUCAUUACGCCCAUACUAUCUACCGUUCUGAAGAAUAUGGAUAGAAUAUGGAUAGAAAAUAGCUGAAGCUAUAUAAAAGGUCUGAGCUAUCCCUCCAUGACCCAGGCACCAUUACUACCAUUACUGUACAUUUCUAUAUAGUGGAAUUGUCAUUUUAAUACACCUUUCUUAACAUCCCUAUUGACUUUUUACACACAAACCAUGUUUGAUUCCAUCACUAUUAAGCCCUCUGUAGAAUGUUUACUUCCUGGUAUUCCAAUGGAACAUAUUAGUGACUUACUAGUUACAGCUAAUGCUUUUGUUGCGAUGUGAUUAUACAAUUUAAAGAUUUGCUAAUAAAUGCUUUCAUUUUCAAGUGUUUGGUAAAGACCAAGAAUGAUCUAUGAAAUAUA